UUCUAAAGUGAAUCUGGCGAAAGUUGCGAAAGGUCGUUCAGCUUAUGCAGAGCGCAUGCGAGCUGCCUUUUUCCAACCACGAGCACAGCCCUCACCCUUCCUCUCCCACCAGGUUCCAGAACGGCAUCAUGAAGACGCUGCAGGCCACGCGUUUCAUCACAAUCCCCGAGGGCGUCACGGUCACCAUCAAGAACCGUGUCGCUACCGUGACUGGCAAGCGCGGUACCCUGAAGCGUGCCUUCAAGCACCUUCAGCUCGAGGUCACCCGCGUGUCCGAUGAAAAGAUCCGCGUCGAUGCUUGGCUCGCUGACCGCAAGGCGCUGGCCUGCGUCCGCACUUUCUGCACGCACGUCAUGAACAUGAUGAAGGGUGUCACAUACGGCUACCGCUACGUGCUCAAGGCCGUGUAUGCGCAUUUCCCCAUCAACAUGCAGGUUAUUGAUGGUGGCAAGGCCAUUAACAUCAGGAACUUCCUUGGCGAGAAAGUCACCCGUCACGUGUGCAUGCACGACGGUGUCAUUGUCAAGGCCUCUGGCAACAAGGACGAGCUCUACGUUGAGGGCAACGACAUUGAGAAGGUGUCUCUCUCCGCCGCCCUGAUCCACCAGUCGUGCCUCGUCACGCGCAAGGAUAUCCGAAAGUUCCUCGACGGUAUCUACUGCAGCGAGACCACCACCAUCGACCCCAUUGAGGAGUAAACUGACCCCCUCCCUGGUUGUUGUUGUGUGUGUGUGUACACUGUGCUCGUGAUGCUCCCCCGCUCUGUUUCCUUGACUGCCAAGAGAAUAAACCUUGACACAUACCUGCACA